UUCAAACAUAGCUAACUGUCAAUAACUAAAUUCGGUUAUGCGCAAAAGUAAAGUGGACAUAAAUGUAAAACAGUUUCAGCAUUGGUUACGGCUUCAUCGUUGCGCAGUUCAGUAUAGGAUAUACUUAGUAGACUGGCAGUGUUUACCACUUUGAUUAUUAGUUUAUAUUACUAGCUAAAACACAUUACGGUGAGGCAUUGUAUGGCACAUUGUGGACAUCCGAAGAUGGCGAGGGUGAAUAUCAUUCUAACUUUUACAUUUUUGUUUCUCGUUGUUGAAACAGCGCAAGGAACUGAAUAUGAGAAGAUCCGGAUUGUUAUUCGAUCGAAAGAAAUGUAUUUAAAUGGUAUAAGACAAUCGUUGGGAAAGUAUUUCUUCUCCUUCGAUAGUAAGAUAAAUGACAAUCUUUUCAUCUUUGUGAAGGAAUCGGAGAUAACGAAACAUCGACUGUUGUCGUCUGAUCUACAAAAACUCCGACGUUCAAACAGACACAUAGAAAAGCUUGUUCAAAGCUACAGGAUGUAUCCAGCAUCAGAUUUCAAUCCACAAUCUGCAGCAAAUGACAUCGACGAGCAACAGGCUGAUCAAUGGAAUGCAUCCAAUAUCAUGCUCCUUUGCCCACCAUAUUUUGACCAAGCGCUUGGAAUUGACGACUCAUGGAUUAAACAUAAUGUCAGUGGACGUGGAAUUGUUGUGGGAGUUACUGACGUUGGCAUCAAUGCGAACAACGCCUUUAUACGAGAAAGCAUAAACUCUGAUUUGUCGUACAACUUCGUAGAAAACAUCCCCCAAACAGGUUAUACCAGUUUACCCGAUAAAAAUGGAAGUUUAUUAACAACAGGUCAUGCGAUUGCGUGUGCCGGACUCAUCGCUCGCCCAAAGACGGGUGAUAAAUGUGUUCCUUGUGGAUUAGGUGUUGCACACGGAGCAAAAGUGGCAGAUUUGCAAAUUGCCAAGAGCGGAGAAAGAACUUGGCUGACUCAAGGAAUAGACUCUGCUAUUUUUUUAAGGGCGUUAGCUUUUAGACGUGAUGCUAUCCCGAUAUUUUCAAAUAGUUGGGCUACACCAAGAGCGUUAAGGAAAUCAGACUUCUAUGAGGAAGAGGUUUUGACUCAAGGAAUAAGAGAAGUACUGAUAACGAUUUGGAAAGUUCUGUUUCAUUUAAUUCUAAACCUUCACAGUAUAUCUUAAUUGUGCCGUAAGGUUUAUCUCCAUAUUGGUCGCUGAACAGAACUUAUAUGACUAUAAGAUUCAGAUGUUUUGUCCUCGACAAAACUGGUGAUUCGAAAUAGAAUGCCAAUAAUAAUAUGUGAAAGUUGAAAGCAAAUACAACAUAUCUGUCAAGGUUCAUAUUACUCCGGGUGCCUUUAUGAUAAGGUUAUGAAAACAGUUUCUUAUGAAUGGUGAACACUCGUGAGUUAAAAUAUCUCAUUUCAGGGUCGGCAGGGUCUUGGUACGGUAUACGUUUUUCCUGCCGGACAACCUGGAUCUGGUUUGGCGAAUCAUAUUGGAAGCAUUUCCGUUGCCUGUUUAGGUGUCAAUGGUUCCGUCGCUGAUGUAAGCGCAGUCAAUGCUGCGACACUCGUGUCCGUGUUUUGCAACGGCAGAAAAAGAAAGGAUGAAAGA